AGUAUGAAGAAGGGUCUCGACCCGAAACGUCAGCUAUUCAUUCUCUCCAUGCAGCUUCACCCACUGAGUUUCUCCAGCAUUUUUGUUUACCUCCUAUUAUUCAACACAGAAUCAAUUCCCCGGCGCACUGCAACGUGCGGCGCAGUAGACACCUGCGGUUCUGUGCGGGUUGGCAGCUUCCUGAAGGGGGAAGGAUUUUGAAGCAGGAAGUGGUCGGAGUUAAAAUGGCUUCGAAACACCAGAUCCAGAGUAUAACCGAAGACGCGAUUUGUCCCAUUUGCCUGGAUUUCUUCACCAAUCCGGUUACACUGGACUGCGGGCACAACUUCUGCCGCUCCUGUAUCACACAGAGUUGGGACAGGGAGGGGAGGAACUCCUGCCCGGAAUGUAGAGAGGAGUUUACAGACCGCACCCUCAGGGUGAAUUGGGCCUUGGCGAGUCUGUCUGAGAAAGCUAGAGAAUUGAGCCUGAACACGGAAGGGAAAGAACUUCAGUGCGAGAAACAUCAGGAAGAACUGAAGCUGUUUUGUGAAACAGACAAGAAACUGAUCUGCCUGAUCUGCCGAGACGCGCGGGAACACAACUCUCACCGUUUCCUGCCGAUUAAAGAAGCCGUUGAAAGCUACAAGGAGCAGAUUAAAACAUCCUUAGAGAUUGUCACAAAAAAUAAAUCAGCGGUGGAGCAAAUGGAGCAGCAGCAGAAACAGAAGAUUUCUGGAGUUCGGGAACAGUCACAGAAUGUGUUGACCCACAUCACAUCUGUAUUUGCUGAACUGCGCCAGAUUCUCAAUGAGGAAGAGCGGUCCUUUCACAAGGAACUCCGGGAAGAAGAGGAGAGAGUUCUAAACCCAAUGGAGAAUAAUCUACAAGAGAUUCAAGAGAAGUUAAACUCUAUUCAAGAGAAACUCCUAAAGCUGCAGGAGCGGAUGAAUCAAAUGGACAGUUUGAUAUUUCUGAAGGAGGAAACUCGUCAGAAGAGGAGGGUGAGUGAUGAAGAACGGACGCUGUCGGUAGCAGACGGUGCCUUGGCAAUUGGAAAGUUCAAUCACCCAUUUUUGUUGAACACGGUGUUCAGCAAAGUGACCGGUGACAUUAAGAGAGGUAAAAACGUUUUUGUUUUAAACCGUUAGAGUACUUGAUGUAUCAAUUACAUGUACAGUGUAUAUUUAAUACUGGACUGGGUGCUUCAACUUCCUGUGGU